AUGUCUCAAAGCAAUAACACCACCAAUUACGCCUCUCCAAUCAUUGCCAAUCUUCCACGAGGCUGGAUUAAUUUCGAAGGCUCCAUUCCCAAUAGAACUCCACUCCACUCCUAUGGCAUGUAUGAAAAUUAUGAUCAUUCCGAGUUGCCAGCCUUUCCUCAAGAUACCAACUAUAAUGAAUCAUUGGUAAAGUGUGGGGCCAUCAGUACUACCACCCCGAAUAAUAAUAAUCUUACUCAAUUGGUUGAUCCAAAUAUUCCGAAUGUUUUGAAACAAUUAUUUAGUGAUCAAAGUUUCUUUGGCAGUAAGAAUGGAGUUUGUCAUUAUUGGUUGAGAGAUAUGAUUGGGCCAUUGGAUGUCUAUUUGCCAAAUAAUCAAUUUGUUUUGUAUCCUUUCUAUCAUGAUCAACAAUCGUGUAUGACUUGGUUUGCAUUGUGUGAUUUGACAGUUACUGAUCCAACUAAAAUUGGAAGUACUGAAAAACCAUGUGUUGUUUCUGGGUUGAGUGGUGAAGAUAUUGAGGCAGAUGAAGAUUUCUUUCCAAAUGUUUUGAGAUUGACAAGUUUUGUGUUAGUUGCUGAUACCAUUGAAGAGUUUGUGUGGAGAGAAGGAAUUGAGGCUGAAAUCAGCAAUCCGAAUGGAAAUUUGAGUACUGAAGCUCAAAAUUAUCUUCAAGAAUAUCAAUAA